AUGGCUCAUAGAAUGAGCUGGCGAGCCAUAGUGGCCGCAAUCUUUGUCAUCACUCCAACACCAACCCGUUCUGCCCCAUGCGAAGCCCAGCGUACCGGCAUGCUAUAUGCUGGAGGCUGUCCCCUACCUGGUGUGUGCAGUUGGGGAACUUGCAACACUGUCACUAUCGAACUUGACCCUCAAAAUUGUGGAAAGCGUGGUAACUCAUGCGAGCCUGGUCAACUUUGUGUUGCUGGUGGAUGUUAUUCUCUCGAUACUGGGUCAAGCUCGCAGAGUUGUACUGUCGCCUGUCAGCCUGGCCAGUGGUGUGAUGGUGGCAGCUGCGCUCCUAUCGAGGUGAUGACCAACCCUCGUCGGUGUGGUAGUAAUAGCACAGCAUGUGAUCCAGGAUCUCUGUGCGUCAAUGACAGAUGUCAGAAGAUCGACAUCGGCUCAGACCCAACGUCCUGUGGGGCUUCCAACCAAACAUGCAGCGCAGGAAGCUGGUGUCUCGAUGGAAUCUGCGUCCCAUUCAUCCUCGGAACCAAAGUCCAGUCUUGUAAAAAGACUAGCGAAUGCCCCUUUGGCGCCUCAUGUCGCGGCGGAUUCUGUCGCCAAAUCUCCAUCUCCGCAGACACAUACAAUUGUGGUGAAGGCUCUUCAAAGAACUGCACCGCCGGUCAACUCUGUGUUUCUGGGAAAUGUCAAUCGUUGAACAUCACCGAGGAGGCGGAAACUAAGAGUUGCGGUUCCUCUCAAAAGGGAUGUGACCCUGGUUCCUAUUGCUCGGAAGACAAAUGUUUACCGAUAUCCAUCUCGAUCGACCUAUCAAAAUGCGGUGAUAGCUCGUCACCCUGCAAGGGCGGUCAGGUGUGCGUCUCUGGCCAAUGCAUCAGCAAUUUAAUUGACCAAACGAACACCCAAAGAGUCGCUUGUGGUUCUGGGGCCGGAGGCCCUGGAGCGCGCACUCCUGGAGGAGCCCAGAAUGGAAACAACAGCUCUACAGGAGGAAAUGGUGGCAGCUCGAGCGAUGAAGAUGGUGGAUCUUCCCAAACCUCAGCUGAUCAAGGAGCCUCUUCAGAUGGAGGUGACGACUCUGGAAACCAGGACGGACAGUCUUCGGCCCAAGAUGCUGACGGAAGUUCGUCAGGAGACUCAUCAGCUGGCAAUGACCCAACUUCAGGCCAAACCCAGGGAGGAUCUGGGGGAAGCUCCGACGGCGCUGCAGGUACAGAUGCUCCGGAUUCUGGCUCUAGCUCGGGUAGCAAUGGACAGAAUGGUGCAAACAACGGCCAGGGUGCCUCUAUUCCUGCCUGCACUCCAGCAUGCACCGGCAACUUGGUAUGCAUCAACGGCCAGUGUUCCACGGUCCAGAGCCCAAGUUCUUGUGGUACCGCAACCAGUCGUCUUGUUCGCUUGUUGAAGCGUCAAGCGACAGCGUGUCAGCCAGGCUUUUCCUGCAUCAACAACGAAUGUGUCUCUACGACCGGAGCAGUGAACUGUGGUGCAUCAGGAGUCAAUUGUCCGUUAAACUACGCUUGCAUACAGAAUUCCUGUGUGGCACUCGGCGAUCCAUCUUCCUGUGGAGGUGACGUCUGCGGCAGUGACGAGGUUUGCUUGGGCAAUGUAUGCACAACAAACGCUGGUUUGGCUAGCUGCAGAAACGUGUCUUGCGCCACGGGAGAAACUUGUCAGAAUGGAGCGUGUGUCGCUAUCGGUAAUGCCGGUUCUGGAGGUUCCUCCAAUCCACAGGGAAGCAGUUCGGACAGUGGAAAUACCGGCAACAAUGGUGGUAGUUCUUCCUCUGGUGAUGGAGCCAACGACAACGCAGAUGCGGGCCAAGGAGGUAGCGGCGCUGAAGAUCCGGAGCCACAAACUGGUAGCACACAAGGCCAAGGCUCAGGAGGAGACACUGGAAGCCCCGGAGCUGGCUCAUCAUCAGGAACAGGCUCUGGAUCAGGUGGUGACAAUGGAUCUGGUGGCGGAUUAAACUCUGCCAAUGGUUCAGGCGACGACUCUGCUUCCGAUGAUGGUGCUGGUGGCAAUACGGGUGGAGGGUCGAACGAAGGUAAUGGAUCUGGAACAAAUUCAGGAUCAGGAUCGGACUCGGGAGAUGGCUCGACUGGAUCAUCCUCAGGCAAUAGCUCUGGUUCUGGCACCAGCGGCGACGGCAAUGCUGGUACCGACCCAGAUGCAGGAUCCGGCUCAGGCAGCGGGACAGAUGGAAAUGGCGACAACCCUGGGACAGAUCCGAGCACCGGCUCACCUGCUGGGAAUGGAUCUGGCUCUGGCUCUGAUGCUGGGUCGGGGUCUGGGUCUGGAGGUAGCGAUGGUGGAGAUGGCGACAACCCUGGAGCAGAACCGACUACUGGCUCACCCGCUGGCAAUGGCUCCGGUUCCGGCUCUGGUUCUGACGGCGGUGAUGAUUCCGGUGGAAGUGGUGGUAAUUCUGGGUCAGACCCCAUCACUGGCUCGCCUUCUGGGAAUGGCUCUGGGUCUGGAGAUGGCGAUGAUCCCGGCGACAACAGCGAGCCUUCUGACAGCACUGGUACGGGUUCUGAUGGCAGCCCUACUUCAGCAAGUGGCGCGACUCAAAGUGAUGAUUCUCAAGGCGAUGGCUCUGGAGGCGACAGCACUGAAGAUGGUGGCGCUGGAGGUAAUGCCUCACAGACUGCAUCACCGCCUAACCUGACGGGAGAACCCGAAGGAAAUGGUUCAGAUGGUGAUGACAGCACUGAUGCCAGUGGUCUGGAAUCUUCGAGCACAUCAGCGGAUUCUGAACCUGAAGAGUCAGAUGGUGCAUCCCCACCAGGGGGCGAUGGUUCGGGAACAGCAGAUCCCACGGACGGUACAGCACAAAGUUCUAUCCUAUCCGAAGGUGCACCUAUCAUCAACCCCGGCCCAACUUCAACAACUUCAACGGCCUCAUCGACCUCAUCUACAGAGGCAACUGCUACUAGUACCGGAAUUACAGGAGGCCUUCAGGGGAAUCCAUCAAGUAGACCAGAUUCUGGAGAAAGUGACUCGUCGACUACAGAUGUCGACGGCGAUGGUAGUACUUCGGAAUCCACAUCCACGAAUACUGGCGGCGGAGGCGACUCGUCAACUCAAACAUCUGGAACAGAUGGAUCUACGACUACCUCUACUGUGGAUAGCACAGAUCCUGAAGACCAAACAACCACAAGCAGCAAUCUGCCUUCCGAGACUGGAUCUACCCCUUGUACGGUAGACGAGGACUGCACCGGACUUUCCAUCGGGCUGUGCGCCCUCUCUGACACAGCUUGCAUUUGCCUGAAUUCUGUUUGCCAACCAGACCCCGACGUCAGUAGUUCCUCUACCGGCAUAGAUCAGGGAGCUGAAACGACUGGAUCCUCUGAUGCUGAGCUAACUGGCACUGGGUCAACCAGCACUGAGCCAACUGGAGCUGAUCCAACUGGUGCCGAGUCAACUAGUGGACAGUCAUCAACAGUCACCAACCCCGGUACUUCACCUACCGAUGGAACUCAGACGCCCUGCUCAGAGGACAACGACUGUGUCCUCAAUGUCGACCUUUGUGUUGUCGCAGGAAUCAACAUAUGUGGUUGUGCAAAUGGUGUCUGUGUUCAAACCACUGACCCCGAGACCGUUUCCACACUUUCCGCCAGUUCUACCACAACAUCCCAGACACAGGACGCGGGCAACCCUGGGCCCACGGAUGGCUCAGACCCUACAACAUGUGCUGAAGACUCUGAUUGCGUGGCGAAUGCUGCUCUGUGUCUCGAUGGUUCGUUGAACCUUUGCACUUGUGUUGAUGCUGUCUGUGUUUUGGGAACUGCUUCCGGCAGCAACACUGCGUCAGCAACGGAUACGACUUCUCAGACUCAGACCUCAGAUGGUUCUACACCGACCGAUGGCACCGAGCCCACCAGUUGCAGUGAAGAUGAUGACUGCGUUGUAAAUGCUGGUCUAUGUCUCAGUGGAGUAUUGAACAUUUGCGCCUGUGUCGACGCUGUCUGCGUUCCUACCAAUGACCCUGAUGGCAAUCCUGCAUCAUCACAGACCCAAGACGCGGAUCCUGGUACAGUGACAAAUGGCGCCGAGGUCACAGCAUGCACUGAUGAUAACGACUGCUUGGCAAACGUCGGGUUAUGCCUUGACGGUCUAUUGAACCUUUGCACUUGCGUCAACGCUGUCUGUGUCCAAGACACAACCCCCAGCAGCACUCAAUCUGCCGAUGGCACAGAUAAUACAGCAACUCCCGGCGGAGGUGGAGCAGGCAAUUCAGUAGCCUGUUCCUCAUCUGACGACUGUUUUGCUGAUGCAUCACUAUGCAUAGUCGGUGGACUCAAUCUGUGUAUAUGUUUGAACGCGGUCUGUGUUCUUGCCAGCCCCAACUCAAAUAACGGCGCAACCGAUGGUGCCGGCUCAACUGGCGGAGAUCAGGGCGCAGGAUCAAACGGCGGCUCCACGGCCACUGGUUCAAUAGACUGCGCAACAGACCAAGACUGUGUAGCUGCUAUUGGAGCCAGCGCAUUAGGUCUGUUUGCUUGUAUCGAUCUCAUUUGCGAACAGACUGCGACAGCAACAGCAUCUGUUCCCUCGGCCACCGGAGUCUCUUCUGCGAACGAUGCCACAUGCACUUCCGAUGAUGAUUGUGCCACUGCGCUUAGUGCCGGGAUUUUGGGUAUAUUUGUCUGCGUCGACUUGCUUUGUGAGCGAGUUUCCAACACCAACACGGUGUUUUCAACUGUUACGACUGGCACCACCUCUGCUCCUACUGCUGGUCCGAGCGAUACGGGCGACAACACGUCUGUAUCAUGUUCCAUUGACUCGGACUGUACCGUGGCAGGCGAGACAUGUUCGUCAGGUGUCUGCCGUGCGACAACUCCGAGCACUGGCAGUGGAGGCAACGACCCAUGUAGCGACACUACUGACUGCCUCUUAUCAGUCAACCCGCUGUGUGCGCUUGGUCUUUGUGUCUGUCUCAGUGGUGUCUGCGGUCCCGACUCAAGUCAGAUGGAUACAUGUACAUCAGACGGGCAAUGUGGAAGUGGGCAAACUUGCCAGUCAGGUGUUUGUGUCGACGAGGUUACUUGCGACACGCGACAAGAUUGCGUGGCCGACCUUAAUCUUUGCACGAUUCUGGGUAUCUGUGUUUGUGUCAACGGACUGUGCCGUUUGCCGUGA